GCAGCCGGCUAGUAAUGUACAGUGGAUAGAGCCUUUCUUUUAAAUCCCAGGGCAGCAGGUCCUUCAGGGCUAGCAUUGCAAUCUCAAUUAGCCCCUGAGUGAAAGCUUGGCAUGUGUAUUAGUGAGCAGAGACACAAUUAGCUUAUUCUUCCUUUCCGUGUUGUGUUGAGAGGAGCCAAAGGGUUGGUGGUGGAUCAGGAAAGCCAGGCAUCACAGGAUUUUGAAGAACAGAGUUGCUCAGACCUCGACAUCUUCUCUUGGUCACGCUGGAAUUACAGAGAUUUAUUACAAAGCGCCGUGUGGGGCUUGGUGAAGGGUGUCUCCGGAGACGCUUCGGACAGCAAUCGAGCUCUGUCUUUUUGAGUGCUUCACCACUCUGUCUUAGACUCAUCAUUAGCAUGGAGCCCAACAGCCCCAAAAAGAUACAAUUUGCUGUGCCUUUAUUCCAGAGCCAGAUCGCUCCAGAGGCAGCAGAGCAGAUCAGGAAAAGAAGACCUACACCAGCAUCCCUUGUGAUUCUCAAUGAGCAUAACCCCCCAGAAAUUGAUGAGAAGAGGGUGACCAACACACAAGAAUCCCAGAAUGCAUCCCCUAAGCAAAGGAAGCAGAGUGUGUACACGCCACCGGCUAUGAAAGGAGUUAAGCACCUGAAAGGCCAGAAUGGAUCGGCAUUCCCGGAAGAAGAAGAAAGCGCAAGUGAAAGAGAAGAAAAGUGGAACCAUUAAUUCCCCAUCUGUAGCAAGAGGGCUUCUUGGAAGUGACUGGACGGUUGACUCUUCUGAAUAUCCAAUGGUACUCCAAAGUUCUGCCUCCAGCAUCCUCUUCCGUCUCAGCUCCCACCCUCUCAGCAGUGCGGUCCUCAUGGAAGCCUCCUUGACUGAACUGUGAAACCGAGUGCAGAUCAUCAUUGUGUACCACUUGCAGCAAAGAAUAGCACUUACUCUACCGCGAUUUUUCUUUUAAACUACUCAAACCUAGGAAUCUGCUACUAUGUGAAUGUUCUCACUUUGAUACUGCCAAAAGCUUAACUCCUCCUGGCCUAUGGUAUGAUUUACAUUCUAAGGUCAAAUGUAGAGAACAUUACUCUAAAAGUACAAAAUAAAUACCAAAUGUGCUUGGGACGAGUGUGAGUGGGGAUUAAUGGAAGAGGAAUGUUUACGGAAGCUUUUAAUAACCGCAUUUAGCAUGCUUCUGUGUCUAGAUCAAACCAGAGUUUACUUCAAGAAGACAACGAUGUCAGUUGUCUUGAUUCAAAACACCACAUCAGAUAUGAAAUGAUUUUCCUCCAACAGUGCAUUAACAGCUACUUAAAGAAACAAAUGUCUCUUUAUUUUCUGAGCCGUCCAAUGUAGGCUCCUCAGCACCAUCUAAUCAUUGAAAAGGAAAUGCUAAAUUUAUAAUAAAACAUGGUAAAUCUCUUCUGCUUUCUCUUUUUUCAACUCUUUAAAAUUAAGCCAUCUAUAAUGUAUCUAUAAUGUAUUUUGUUUGUCUGGGUUAGUCUGUUUUCUGUUGUUUCUUUUUGUUUUCUUGGUGCUAGAGAAUGAACCCAGGGCUUUGAACAUGUACAUAUUCCUCUAGACUCUGUCCUCAGUCUUACUGCAGUUUAAUAUAUUCCGAGUGUUUUAUUAUUCUUCUCUGUGAGAGAAUAAAUACUGUCUUAUUAAUUCAGCCAUAGACUCACCUAUUAAUUCGACGACUGCUUUUUGUGGAGUUUUAAAAAAUCACUGUAACUUUGAAAUUAGUGUUACAUCAUUUCAUCUUUCCCUUUCCUCUCAGCAAAUCCUUCUACAUACCACCCCUCAGCCCUUUUCAAGUUUGUUGCCUUUCUUUUCAUUAAUUGUUGGUAUGUAUAUAUCAACAACUAUUUUGAAUGAGUUUUUCCUAGGAUGUUACUCUUUUGGGAGCCAUGAAAAUAAAGGAUAGUUUAUUUCUUCUCUGGAGCUGGGGGUAUAGUGAGGUUUUAUAAGACAGUGGGUGUUUGUCAGAAUGACUUUAACUCAGAUUUCUGGCCGUUAGCUAAUUUUAAUUAUUCAUGGUAUAUGAAUGCACAAUUUAGUGGGGAUAGGUAAUUUUGCUUCUACAUUGGUUUUUAAUGAGAUUGAAAUGUUUCAUGAAUAUGAGGGAAAAUCCAUUGAAAACCAUUAAAGCAAGAGGCUGGUUAUAUAUGUCAGUAGGUAAGAACACCUGUUGCCAAGGAUAAGCUUAGUAGAAACCUACAUGACAGGGGGAGAGAACCAAUUGUCUCUCACUUCCGGAGAGGCAUUGUCCUCUCACUUUUACCACACACCUUGGUAUGUGGGACACACACACACACACACACACACACACGCACACACACUAAAUAAUCAUAAAAAAAUUAAGAGAACAUUAAGAACGGGAGAAAAUAAUAAAAUGUGAAAUUUACUAUAAAUCUUAAAUAAGAUUGUUUUUAAUUUGAAAUUUUAUAAUGUGCUGAUUAAGAUAUUAUUGCAUAUUAUUCCCCAGUGUCCAUCCUGUCCUCUGCUUUCCUCUUCCUCUUCCUCCUCUUAUCUUUCUCUCUUCUCUCCAUGUUGUCCUUGCUAAAUCAAUAAACCUUUAGAGUUUAUUGCCACCUGCUAUGGAGUAUUUUUCUUCCCAAGUUCCUCUCUACUGAAAACAUCAUUAAGGUUGUAUUUCUUGUAAAUGCUUUUGGGUUUUUUGUUUCCAGAACAUUCCUGACAUCCUCUGAGAGGGUUAGAGACUCGCUGGGGGGCACUAAGAGAAACAAUAGCCACCUUUCCCCCUUUUCUUGAAUACGGACUUUUAUAAGUGCACCCCUCCCACACCCCAGGCAAACAGGAGGAAUCUGAAGCUCUCUCUGACAUUGUGUGAUCCUCUGAGGACAGGAGCAGCCUGACUUCUAAGCUUCUUUCUUUUGCUCUCUGUUGUUAAUGGUAUCAAACCAUAAGGUGCACAUUUUCCUUGUGGAAGGUUGUUUCUUCCAUCCCUUUGUUCACUCUCAAAACAAACCAAUUACAGUUUAAAGCUUACGUUUUGCUUGGG